GGAGGGAUUCCCGGGCCCCUUCCCCUACGGCUCCCCGACUUCCCUCCGUGACGAAGUUCUCUCCUUGUGCCUUCCCGAGGAUUGAGCUGUAGCUCUCGAACUCGCUUUCUGGCGGACUUCCUCGGUUUAUUUUGGGAGAUAACCUGUUUUGCUCCGACCUACAUCCCCUUUCCUUGACCCUUCCAGUCGGACGUUCUAGAUGACUGAAUGGAGUUUUGAGUUGGACUUUUGUGUCCCUUACGGAGUCGGGCCUGAUCCCAGAGCACUGGGGGUGGGGUGGAGGUGUUACUGUAAAAUGCAAGUUGGAUAAAAGGAGGACCUCUCGCCAAGGGCCCCAAUGAGUGGCACACAGUCUACUAUCACCGACAGGUUUCCCCUCAAAAAACCUAUAAGGCAUGGGAGUAUUUUGAACCGAGAGUCACCAACAGAUAAGAAGCAGAAAGUUGAGCGCAGUGCAUCACAUGAUUUUGAUCCUACAGGUCUUGUUCAACGUUGUGUGAUCAUCCAGAAGGAUGACAAUGGAUUUGGGCUGACGGUCAGUGGAGACAAUCCAGUCUUCGUACAGUCUGUCAAAGAAGAUGGAGCAGCCAUGCGGGCUGGGGUACAGACAGGUGAUCGAAUCAUCAAGGUGAAUGGAACUCUGGUGACUCAUUCAAACCAUUUGGAAGUGGUGAAGCUAAUCAAAUCUGGUUCCUAUGUAGCUCUCACUGUGCAGGGACGCCCACCUGGGUCGCCCCAGAUUCCACUCGCCGAAUCUGAAGUAGAGCCGUCAGUCACUGGACAUAUGUCUCCCAUCAUGACAUCCCCUCAUUCACCUGGAGCAUCUGGGAACAUGGAGAGAAUUACUAGUCCUGUGCUCAUGGGGGAGGAAAACAAUGUGGUUCAUAACCAGAAAGUAGAAAUUCUGAGAAAAAUGUUACAGAAAGAACAGGAACGGCUGCAGUUAUUGCAGGAAGAUUACAACCGAACACCUGCCCAAAGAUUGCUAAAAGAGAUCCAAGAGGCCAAGAAACACAUUCCUCAGCUGCAAGAGCAGCUAUCCAAAGCCACAGGCUCUGCUCAGGAUGGAGCUGUCGUUACAUCCUCCAAGCCUUUAGGUGACCCCCUGACAGUAAGUGAGGUGGAAGCCGAUCCUGGUGACGGGCUAGGCAGAAUUGACUCUAGCAGUGGAGAUGCUUCUCGGCCCAGUAGUGACAGCGCAGACAGUCCCAAGAGUGCCCUGAAAGAGAGGAUUUAUCUAGAGGAAAACCCAGAAAAAAGUGAAGUGACUCAGGACACUGAUAUUCAGUCACUCAUCGGGAGUCCCUCUCCCCGUAUAGCACCUCAUAUUAUUGGAGCAGAGGAUGAUGAUUUCGGUACUGAACAUGAACAGAUCAAUGGGCAGUGCAGCUGUUUCCAGAGCAUCGAACUGCUGAAAUCUCGCCCUGCUCACCUGGCUGUUUUCUUACACCACGUGGUCUCACAGUUUGACCCUGCGACGCUGCUUUGUUAUCUCUAUUCAGACCUGUAUAAGCAGACCAAUUCCAAGGAGACUCGUCGUGUCUUCCUUGAGUUUCAUCAGUUCUUCCUGGAUCGAUCUGCACACCUGAAAGUUUCUGUGCCUGAUGAAAUAUCAGUAGAUCUAGAAAAAAGAAGACCUGAGCUUAUACCCGAGGAUCUGCACCGCCACUAUAUCCAAACUAUGCAGGAAAGAGUCCACCCAGAAGUUCAGAGGCACUUGGAAGAUUUUCGGCAGAAGCGUAGCAUGGGGCUGACCUUGGCUGAAAGUGAACUGACUAAACUCGACGCAGAGCGAGACAAGGACCGGGUAACUUUGGAGAAGGAACGGGCAUGUGCGGAACAGAUCGUUGCCAAAAUUGAAGAAGUGUUGAUGACUGCUCAGGCUGUAGAAGAAGAUAAGAGUUCAACAAUGCAGUAUGUUAUCCUUAUGUACAUGAAGCACUUGGGGGUAAAAGUGAAAGAACCUCGAAAUUUGGAGCACAAGCGGGGUCGGAUUGGAUUCCUUCCAAAAAUCAAGCAGAGUAUGAAGAAAGAUCGAGAAGGCGAAGAAAAAGGAAAGCGCAGAGGAUUCCCCAGCAUCCUGGGACCCCCAAGGAGACCAAGCCGUCAUGACAACAGUGCAAUUGGCAGAGCCAUGGAGCUGCAGAAACAGCGCCACCCAAAGCACUUAUCCACACCCUCUUCUAUAAGUCCUGAGCCUCAGGACCCUGCUAAGUUGCGCCAGAGUGGGCUAGCAGGUGAAGGAACAGACGUCGGAUACCUGCCAGCCAAUUCCAUGUCCUCUGUGGUGUCAGGGGCCACUCCUUCCCAGGAAGGAGGGAAAGAGAAUGAUACAGGAUCAAAGCAAGUUGGAGAAACACCAGCAUCUGGAGACUGCAUAGAUAGCACCCCUCGGACUCCCAAUACUGUCUUUGAUUUCCCACCUCCUCCCUUAGACCAAGUGCAGGAGGAGGAAUGGGAAGUGGAAAGGGUGACUGAACAUGGGACACCAAAGCCCUUUCGAAAGUUUGACAGCAUAGCUUUUGGAGAAAGUCAAAGUGAGGAUGAACAGUUUGAAAAUGACUUAGAGACAGAUCCACCCAACUGGCAACAGCUCGUUAGUCGAGAAGUGUUACUGGGACUAAAGCCUUCUGAGAUCAAAAGACAGGAAGUAAUUAAUGAAUUAUUCUACACUGAAAGAGCUCAUGUUCGAACACUGAAGGUUCUUGAUCAAGUAUUCUAUCAGCGAGUGUCUAGAGAAGGAAUUCUGUCACCUUCAGAACUACGGAAAAUUUUUUCAAACUUGGAAGAUAUUCUUCAACUUCAUAUUGGAUUGAAUGAGCAAAUGAAGGCUGUUCGAAAGAGGAAUGAGACCUCAGUUAUUGAUCAGAUUGGAGAAGAUUUGCUGACCUGGUUCAGUGGACCAGGGGAGGACAAGUUGAAGCACGCCGCUGCUACCUUUUGCAGUAACCAACCUUUCGCCCUGGAAAUGAUCAAGUCUCGUCAGAAAAAGGAUUCUCGAUUCCAGACCUUUGUGCAAGAUGCUGAGAGUAAUCCUCUGUGUCGUCGUCUGCAGCUGAAGGAUAUCAUUCCUACCCAAAUGCAGAGGCUUACGAAGUACCCUCUUCUGUUGGAUAAUAUUGCCAAAUACACAGAAUGGCCAAUGGAAAGGGAGAAGGUGAAGAAAGCUGCAGAUCACUGUCGUCAGAUCUUAAAUUAUGUAAAUCAGGCUGUCAAGGAGGCAGAAAACAAACAGCGUUUAGAAGACUAUCAACGUCGUCUGGAUACCUCCAAUCUGAAGUUGUCAGAGUACCCAAACGUGGAAGAGCUCAGGAAUUUGGAUUUAACAAAAAGGAAGAUGAUCCAUGAAGGGCCAUUGGUCUGGAAGGUGAAUCGAGAUAAAACUAUUGAUCUAUACACAUUGCUGCUCGAAGACAUUCUUGUAUUAUUACAAAAGCAGGAUGACAGACUGGUGUUAAGAUGUCAUAGUAAGAUUCUGGCGUCUACCGCCGAUAGCAAACACACAUUUAGCCCUGUCAUUAAGUUGAAUACAGUGUUGGUUCGACAAGUGGCAACAGAUAACAAAGCUUUAUUUGUCAUCUCCAUGUCAGACAACGGAGCCCAAAUUUAUGAACUGGUGGCACAGACCGUUUCUGAAAAGACCGUCUGGCAAGACCUCAUCUGUCGGAUGGCUGCAUCCGUGAAGGAACAGUCCGCAAAGCCAAUCCCAUUGCCACAGUCACCACCUUGCGAAGGAGAAAACGAUGAAGAAGCAGCUCCAAAGUUAAAAGUGGAACAUCACAGCAUUUCGGUCCCUGGUCUACAGAGUCCAGACAGAGAUUUGGGAUUAGAGUCUCCCUUAAUAUCGUCAAAACCUCAGUCUCAUUCACUCGGUACCUCUGGGAAAUCCGAGGUAGAUGAUCUGUUUGUGGCUGAGAGACAGUUUGCUAAGGAGCAGCAUGCAGAUGGGACUCUGCAGGAAGCUGGAGCAAGUUAUCAGAUCACAGCCCCAGACCCACACUUGCCUGCCUCAGAAGAACGGUGGGCAUUGGAUGCACUGAGGAACUUGGGCUUGCUGAAGCAGCUGCUCGUACAACAGCUGGGUUUGACUGAGAAGAGCGCUCAGGAAGACUGGCCACAUUUCCCAAGCUACAGGACAGCGUCUUCAGGGGUGCAGACAGACGGUGGGGCCCAGAACUCGGAGAACAGUAAGGCCUAUCCUCCUGUCGAAGGACAGAUGCCCUUUAGAACUGGAACUGGUGACAUUGCAACUUGUCACAGUCCACGGACUUCAACUGAAUUUCCGGCUCCACGGGAUUCAGUGGUACUGGCCUUCCAAGAUAGCCAGGCAAGUACCAUCUUCGCCAUGGACCACAUGCUUAUGACCCCAGAGAUGCCUCCUGCAGAGCCAGAAGGGAGUCUCGAUGAGAGUGGAGAGCACUUUUUUGAUGCCCGUGAAGCACACAGCGAUGAUAAUCCAUCAGAAGGUGAUGGAGCAGUUAAGAAGGAAGAGGAUGUUAAUUUGCGCAUCUCAGGAAACUAUUUGAUUCUGGAUGGCUAUGAAGCGGUGCAGGAGAGCUCCACAGAUGAGGAGGUUGCCUCCUCACUUCCCCCGCCACCCGCGACAGGCAUCCCCUCCAUGGACUCUGCCCCCCCGCAGCAUCCCUCGCCCCAGCGUGCCCAUUCCGAUGGGGCAGCUUCACCGUUCACCCCAGAAUUCCUGGUCCAGCAGCGCUGGGGAGCUAUGGAUGAUUCCUGUUUUGAGAUCCAGAGUCCCCCGUCUUGUGCAGACUCACAGAGCCAGAUCAUGGAGUACAUUCGUAAGAUCGAGGCUGACCUUGAACACUUAAAGAAGGUGGAGGAAAGUUACAGCAGGCUUUGCCAAAGGCUGGCUGGGUCAGCCCUCACAGACAAGCACUCAGAUAAAAGUUAGAACCGCGUGUCCUGGAGGUGACUGAAGGCUGUUGGACUUUGAGCGUCGGCCUCACAUCACCCGUCCUGGGCUCCACUGCGGACGCAGAGAGUGUGUGUGACAGAGGGUCUGCCUGCGAAGCCCCGGGGGUGGCCGCGUGCCCGGGCGCCCAGAGCGGGACUCGUUCCUCACCGUCUGCCAGCUGCACGGG